AUGCUAGCUUCUAAGCCUUCCAUUGAGGAACCACCUAUUUUGGAAUCCAAACCUCUACCUGCACACUUGAGGUAUGCUUUUCUUGGAAAAUCUUCUACUCUUCUAGUUAUUAUUUCUGCUGCUAUUACUAACAUGCAAGAGGAGAAGUUAUUGACGACACUUAGAGAAAUCAAGAAAGCAAUAGGGAGGACCAUAGCUGAUAUUAAGGGAAUUAGCCCUUCUGUUUGCAUGCACAAAAUUCUCCUUGAGGAAAAUCACAAAGUCACAAUUGAACGGCAAAGAAGAUUGAAUCCCAUCAUGAAAAAAGUAGUCAAGAAGGAAAUCAUCAAGUGGUUGGAUGCUGAAAUAAUUUAUCCUAUCUCUGAUAGCUCAUGGGUUAGUCUAGUUCAAUGUGUUCCUAAGAAAAGAGGAAUGAUUGUGGUGGCCAAUGACAAUAAUGAGCUCAUUCCAACAAGAACUAUGAUUGGAUGGAGAAUGUGCAUGGACUACUACAAGCUCAACAAAGUGAGAAGGAAAGAUCACUUCCCUCUUCCAUUCAUUGAUCAAAUGUUGGAUAGCUUGGCUGACAUGAUGGAUAAAUGUUUGGAGGUAUUUGUGGAUGAUUUUUAUGUCUUUGGAAAUAAUUUUGGUAAUUGUCUCUUAAAUCUUGCUAAGAUCUCUAGUAGCGGCAUUGAGGUAGAUAAAGUAAAAAUUGAAGCAAUUGAGAAAUUACCACCUCCAAUAAAUGUCAAAGAUGUGCCAUUUAAGUUUGAUAAUGAAUGUCUUGCUACUUUUGAUGAAUUGAAGAAAAGAUUAAUAUCUGCACCUAUCAUAAUUAGUCUUGAUUGGACUCUUCCUUUUGAACUAACGUGUGAUGCGAGUGAUUAUGUGGUGGGAGCUAUUUUGGGACAAAGGAAGGAUAAAAUCUUCCAUUCCAUCUAUUAUGCUAGCAAGACUUUGAAUAAGGCCCAGAAAAAUUAUACCACAACAGAAAUGAAGCUCUUAGCUGUAGUGUUUGUUUUUGACAAAUUUCGCUCCUAUCUCAUAGGGAUGAAGGUGAUAGUGUACAUUAACCAUUCAGCUAUCAAAUAUUUGAUUUAUAAGAAGGAUGCUAAACCAAGAUUGAUAAGGUGGAUUCUCUUGCUACAAGAGUUUGAUCUAGAGAUUCAUGAUAAAAAAGGAACAGAAAAUCAAGUGGCAGAUUACCUUUCAAGAUUGGAGAUUAAAGAUCAAGGUAAAGAUUCAACCUUAAUUAAGGAGACUUUCCCUGAUGAACAAAUCCUUCAAGUUGGUAAGAAAUCACUUCCUUAUGUAAAGACUAGAUUACAGAAAAUGCGUUCCAGAAGAAGAGAUUCAAAGUGUGCUUCACCAUUGCCAUUCUUCCGAUUAUGGAGGACACUUUGGAGGAAUAAGGACUGCUGCUACAGUCCUUCAAUCAGGUGCCAAAGGGUAGGUAAUAUCUCAAGGCGACAUGAGAUGCCUUUCAACAACAUCUUGGAGAUAGAAAUUUUUGAUGUAUGGGGUAUUGACUUCAUGGGUCCGUUCAUAUCUUCAUACAACAACAAAUACAUUUUGCUUGCUGUUGAUUAUGUCUCCAAGUGGGUUGAAGUAGCAACCUUUCCUCAUAAUGACUCAAAGGUGGUGAUGAAUUUCAUUAAGAAGAAUAUUUUCACUCAAUUUCGCAUUGCUAAGGCAAUUAUUAGUGAUGAGGGAAGUCACUUUUGCAAUAAGUAUUUUGAUGCACUUCUAGCAAAAUAUGGAGUUAAACACAAGGUUGCCACUACGUACCAUCCUCAAACUAGUGGCCAAGCGAAAGUAUCGAAUCGUAAAAUCAAGAGGAUUUUGGAGAAGAUAGUUUGUCCCACAAGAAAGAAUAAGGUAAAAAGAUUGGAUGAUGCAUUGUGGGCAUAUCGAACUGCUUACAAGACCCCAAUUGGUAUGUCUCCAUAUAAGUUGAUCUUUAGCAAAGCUUGUCACUUACCGGUGGAACUUGAACAUGAUGCUUAUUAG